AUGCUGUACUAUGCUGUAUAUUUAGUUAUUUAAUAAACGUGUCUUCUCUGAUAUAAUGCCCUUCUGAACUACUGACCGUUUCACCGGACACAUGGUUACACUUUUGCGCUGCCGGGUUGUUUUAGCGAGGAUCGAUCCGGAUUCAGCUGUCCUGCUUGCACUCCUAUUCAGUAGUCGGCGUUGUCGUGCAUCUCGUUUGUUGUGAAAUUUUCUCUGGUCACCGAAGAAGAAUGUGCAACGCGUCAUUGGUGACCUAGGAAGGAUCUUUGGAAAUAUAAAAUGAACGUCGUCUUAUUUCUCCCCUGUCACUGUUAACGAACAGCCGACUAAACAUCUGAAAGGACUUUCGGCUUCUGUCGAAGACCUGCGGGACUUUGGCGGGACCAUGUCCCGGCUGUGCGUGGUGGUCGGAGGCUCCCGGGGCAUCGGGCAGGCGGUCGCUUCUCUCCUGGCCGAAAAGAGCCAAAGAGUCGUUGUCGUUUCCCGAAACCUGGACGCCGCCCGUGCGGCUGCCGCAUCCCUUCCUGGCGCGGAUCACAUUGGCCUGAACUGUGACGUCUCCAGUGAGCAGGAUGUGCAGAGAACCUUUGAGCAGAUCCUCCGCGAGUGUGGGAAUGUGGAUUACCUGAUCAAUGCGGCUGGCAUCAGUAGUCUGCAUCAUCAUGUAGAGUUGGGGACUGUCUCUGUCAGGGACGCUCUGCUCGCUCGGACCAGACCGGAAGACAUGAUGUCCAUCCUCCACACCAACCUGUUGGGUACGAUGCUCACCUGCCGGGCUUCACUAAGGAGCAUGCUCCAGAACCGGGGUGGAGCCAUUGUCAACAUAGGGUCGGUAGUCGGUCUCAAGGGUAACGUGGGCCAGACUGUCUACAGUGCCAGCAAGGCUGGUCUCCAGGGCUUCACGUUGUCUCUGGCCAAGGAGGUGGCACCACGCAACAUCCGUGUCAACCUCGUGGCCCCGGGCUUGAUCCGCACGGACAUGACGGCAGCUCUGGAUGAGGAUGAGUUGAAACGGGCGGUCCCCCUGGGCCGCUUCGGGGAGCCCAGGGAUGUGGCCCACGCCGUUCACUUCCUGCUGGAGACACCCUACGUCACUGGCCAGGUGCUGCUGGUAGAUGGUGGACUGAGACUGGCCUCGUAGGACACGCCCCCACGUUUCACAUUAAUAGGACUGAUGAACUGACAGGAUUUGUUUAUGGGGCUCACGAGUUCACUUAAGAAUCGGCCUCAAACACCUGGGCUAUUUUGUCAUUGAAUCCAGCUGCAGUUUUCAGAUCUGCAGUGUUAAUGUAUUGGUUUCCAGCAUUGAUUGUGUUCCAUUUUUGCUGCCUUGGUUUCUUUGAUCGAGUAAUAGUCUCAUUGGCAAUGUGUGGUGACUAGGGGUCAAGCAAGGUACUGCCCCCUUCUCUCAGCCAUGCAAUUACAUCGCCAGUUUUUGACGUAUGUGUCUAGUUUAAUGGACCACAGCCAGUGCUAAGCUAAUUUCCUCCUUUCACAUCUGCAUUAUUGCCUGAGCACCCAAACAGUGCAUCGAAUUAGUUAGUGAGGGCCAAGCUUUUGAAUGGGUACAAAUACACCUGCAUGAACAAGUUUAAUAUAGAUUUUUUUAGUAAGUUACUCUCCGUGUAGGUUCCGUAGGCCCAAGCCUCUCCGUGUAGGUUCCGUAGGCCCAAGCCUCUCCGUGAAGGUUCCGUAGGCCCAAGCCUCUCCGUUUAGGUUCCGUAGGCCCAAGCCUCUCCGUGAAGGUUCCGUAGGCCCAAGCCUCUCCAUGAAGGUUCUGUAGACCCAAGCCUUGACCACCUUCUUCUGAGGAACACUGGGAGAACAUGAUUGCUUUCUGUAAAGGUAUAGGUUAUCUUCACUCAUAAAACUCUCAAAGGUCUGUUACUUCCAGAGCUUUUUAUUGUAAUUUUAGGUCAAGAAUACCAUCUGUAGGACAAUCCUUAUACAAGCACAGAUUGUCAUGUGAGUUUAUUAAAAAAAAAAAGGUGUCAGAAUAA